UAUAUAUCUCUUUCUGCACCAUUCCAUUUUCAUAUAUCCUUCUAGCUCAUAAUUCAAGUAAAUCAGCAGAAGGAGAAGAAAGAAUACAAAGAGAAGAGCUAGCCAGAAAUGGCUACAAUAAGAAUGUCACAUACAUUGGUGGCCCUCCUUGUUGUGCUCGUUUCCAUGGAAGCAGUGUCCUUUGUUCUGGGCCAAGGCAAUGGAAAUGGAAACGGCAAUGGCAAUGGCAAUAGUGGCAACAGUAACGGCAAUGGAAACGGCAAUGACUACGAUGAAUUGUCACCGUUAGCAUCCGGACAGGAGAGAGGCUUCUGUAAAGCAAAGAAUGCCUGCUAUUACAAGACCCUUGUCUGUCCAUCAGAAUGCCCUCAGAGAAAGCCAAAGAAGAACAAGAAAUACAAGGGUUGUUUCAUCAACUGCGGCAACAAAUGUGAAGUCACUUGCAAGUGGAGGAAAGCCAAGUGUAAUGGGUAUGGUUCUCUCUGCUAUGAUCCAAGGUUUGUAGGUGGUGAUGGUGUAAUGUUCUACUUCCAUGGAGCCAAAGGAGGAAACUUUGCCAUUGUUUCAGAUAACAACCUCCAAAUCAAUGCACACUUCAUUGGAACUCGACCACUAGGAAGGACUCGCGACUUCACAUGGGUUCAAGCCCUCUCAAUCAUGUUUGACACUCACACCCUUGUAAUUGCAGCAAAGAGAGUCUCAAAGUGGGAUGACAAAGUUGACGCUCUCAUGGUAAAGUGGGAUGGUGAGUCCGUCAGCAUCCCAACUGAUGGAGAAGCCGAAUGGAGGAUCAUGGCCGAAGGAAGAGAAGUAAUAGUUGAAAGAACCGAUGAUAGAAACUACGUAAGAGUUACAGUUUCAGGGCUGGUAGAGAUGGACAUAAGAGUCAGGCCUAUUGGAGCAGAAGAAAACAAGGUUCACAACUACCAAAUACCAUCAGAUGAUACUUUUGCUCACUUAGAGACACAAUUCAGGUUUUCCAACUUAUCUGAUCUUGUGGAAGGAGUUUUGGGAAAGACUUACAGACCAGGCUAUGUUAGUCCAGUUAAGGUUGGAGUUCCGAUGCCAAUGAUGGGCGGAGAGGACAAGUACGAAACUCCAUCACUCUUUUCACCUCUCUGCAAGGUUUGCAGGUUCCAAAGGCAAUCUGGACUUGCUCAAUACUGAUAUAAACUAUAAAGAGAAAUAAACACUGUUUCUGGUUUUGAACUAUCAUAUGUUCAUUUUAUUUGUGUAUCUGGGUUUGGGCAACUAGUUUAGCACUACAGACAAAUAAGGCAGCAUUAAGCUUGUCCAGGACAUAUUCUGUACUCUGAAUGUAUCGUGUUUAAUCAAUAAGUUGAUGUGUAGCUUCAUAGUAAUGAUUGUUA